UCCAACAAGCACUACGACGAAGAUCGGUUGGGCUGAAAAAUCUUCGCGGUUCUCGCUGGCCCGGGCCCCAUUUAAGCGGUGGCAGUGUUCAAGGUAAGACACACAGUUACAGGCUCCGAGGCUGACGUGAAAAACACAGUGUGCAAGUGCAAUCGAUCAAACAGUGGGCUGUGUCGUAGAGUGAGUGUUACGUGUUACGCGAAUUAACACUUUGAAGUUAAGACAGAAGGAGCGGAAGAGAGAGUGAAAGCGACCCCAGAGCUUCAGAGCAGUCCGGCACCAAGAUGAUGUCCAGAAAGCUUAUCGAUGAAAGCCGCGAAGGCUACCUGGACAACGAGAAUUCACCCUUCCUGAUUAGCAACUACGGGUACGGCAAGGACAGCGUGAAGGUGAUGCACGUCGUACGGAAUGGGCUGGUGCACACGAUCAAGGAGUUUGAGGUGGGCACGAAGCUGAAGCUACGCAGCCAGAAGGACUAUCUCGAGGGCGAUAAUAGUGACAUCGUGGCGACGGAUUCGCAGAAAAACACCGUCUACCUGUUGGCCCGCAAGCACGGCCUGAAGUCACCGGAAGAGUUCGGCAUACUGCUGUGCCAUCACUUCCUGAGCAAGUACUCGCACGUGGAGGAGGUGUCGAUACACAUCGAGGAGUACCCGUGGUCCCGGAUGGGGUUCGGUACCGGCCCGUACAAGGAUCUGCAUAAUCACGCCUUCGUCUUCACACCGACCGCCAUCCGGUACACGGACGUCACGCAGAAGCGCACCGAAAUCAAACCGACUGUCAUCAGUGGGCUGACAGAUUUGCGCGUCCUCAAGACAACACAGUCGGCGUUCGUGAACUUCGUAAACGAUGAGUACCGUUCGCUGCCCGAUCAGCAUGACCGCAUCUUCAGUACGGUGGUCCGUUCGUCCUGGCAGUAUUCGACGGUGACGGGCGUAGACUUUGAUUACUGCUGGAACAAGGUGAAGCAGUGCAUACUGAACAACUUUGCGGGCGAAACGGAGAAGGGCAUCUUUUCGCCGAGCGUCCAGAACACGCUGUACCUGGCGGAGAAGCAGGUGCUCGAGACGAUACCGGAAAUUUCCUCCAUCGACAUGACGAUGCCGAACAAGCACUACUUUACGUUUGAUUUUAGCAAAUUCCCCAAGGUGGUGAAUGAGGUGGAGCUGAAGGAGGAGACGGUGUACGUGCCGGUGGAUAAGCCGGCGGGCAUCAUCUACGCACAGCUCGAUCGGAAAUCGGAUCAGUAUGUGAAGAGCAAACUAUGAGGUUUCGUUGACGUUAAGCUGUGUCUGUGUGUGUGUCUUAGGUAGUGUCUUAGGUCGUAAGGGAAGAUGGUUCUCUCGUAGGAGAAGCCGGUUGAACGUUGGCCGGUGCGAUGAGUGUGACGUGUGUCUCAGUCACCAUUACUUAUCGAAGUUUUUCUCUGUAGAAGCGCGUCAGGAAAUCAAUGUGACACGUGUUACAAAGCGACCCAUAAUUAAUUAGUUCCGGUUAAUCAGGUGCAGGUGGCAGGGCUCGCGUCAAAUGGAAAACAAUGCGUUGGAUUAAAUCACCAUAAUUCCAUGCUGGGGUGCAUUUUUCGAGCUAAUUUUAGCUCAUUGCACAUACACGUUUUAUUUUUAAUGGCGAAGAGUGGGGGGCGCUUUACGGCAUGUCUGAUAAUGUGCUGAGCGUAAUAGAAAACAAAGAGGUCGGAUUACGUUUAUAUUAAUAAAUCAAUCAAUAAAUAAUUUUUUACCAUUAAUA